GCAAAAAUCUCAGAGAGCGUGGGGGAGAGAGAGAUGCCGAGGCCUUCUUCAUCUCUUGCUUCCCUCUUGCUCUCCAACUCCCUGCUUCCAUCUCUUUGUCGAGCAUCAUCAGCUCAAAAAUCCUUAAAAGCUGCAUCUUUUAUUCCCUCUUCUGCUCUCUCCACUAAUUCUCAUGUCAAAACUCGUCGCUUUAACAAGGAUCUCUGCCGGGUUUCGAAGACUAAGGAGAUUAAAGCUUCUACUCCUCUCUCUUCGAAGCUGAAGGAGGUGGAAGUUCCCAAAGAUUCUUCCAGUGGGUACCCUGAAUAUGAUCGCUUGCUUCCAAGUACCUUACAACAUAGUCCAUAUCGGGUUGAACAUCUUGUAGUUUCUGAGGGGGGAAUUGUUCUUGACUACAUUUGUAAAGCUUUGCGUCUUCCUCCUCUGUAUGUUGCAGAUCUGGUCCGCUUUGGAGCUGUGCAUUAUGCAUUGGUGUGCCCGAAGCCACCACCGAGUGCGAGUCCUGAAGAAGUUCAAAUUUACAGAGAAUUUACACAGCCAGCAGUUCUUCGGAAGAGACCAUCCAUCAAAGGUAAAACUUUGAGGGAAGCGCAGAAGACAUUUAGGAUAACAGAUGUAAACGAGUUUGUUGAAACUGGCACUUAUCUUCGUGUGCAUGUGCACCCGAAACGUUUUCCAAGGUGUUACGAAGUUGACUGGAAGUCCAGAAUCAUUGCAGUCACUGAUUUAUAUGUGGUCCUUGAUAAACCAGCUGCGAUUUCAGUAGGAGGAACAACGGAUAACAUUGAGGAAUGCUGUGCAACAUUUGCUUCUCGUGCCCUGGGACCAGAAACUCCUUUGUGGACAACCCAUCAGAUAGAUAACUGUACUGAAGGAUGUGUGGUAUUUGCCAGAAACAAGGAUUUCUGCCCUGCUUUUCAUGGAAUGAUUAGGGACAAAGAGGUGAAAAAGCUCUAUCUUGCUCUUGCUGCUGCUCCUGUGCCAGUUGGAAUAAUUUCUCACUACAUGCGCCCAGUUAAUCGUGCUCCGAGAAUAGUUUCUGAAGCAUUUCUAGAUCCUAUUGAUAGUUGGCAUCUCUGUCAACUAGAGGUGCUAGAAUGCAAGGAGGUCCCAUGGCCAAAUGCUAAUACUGACAAGAACUACAAUAUUGAUGACUGUGGAUGGCCUUUGAAAACCUCUGCAUAUGAAUGUCGAAUCAAUCUCAUAACAGGAAAAACUCAUCAGAUACGAGCACAAUUUGCUGCCAUUGGUGCACCAAUUGUCGGUGAUUCAAUAUACACACCAGCAGCCAUGGCACAAAUUGAGAAUCCUCAUAUCAAUCCAGUUGGCGCUAGCAAAAGAGAGUAUACAAGUGAAGAGGAUAAAGAAAAAGCUAUUGAAGAAUGGGUUUCUUGUCAUGGAAAAGAACCAAACACCGCUAUCGGUCUCCAAGCUUCUCAAAUAUCAUGGGAUGGUGGCAAGGUUUGUUAUGAGGCGGGAACUCCAUGGUGGAGGCAAAGAACAGAUGGAACUAGUUCAGCAGAAAGCUUAUGAGUUUUUCAGUUGAGAUGCUGUUGUUUGUUAAUUGUUAUAGAUUUUGUUUAUGACCUUGAAUGUUAGGUGUUUAUUAUCUGAUUUCUUUUUGUUUUCUUUGGUGGUCAAGUUUUGCUAGAGGAAGUUAAUUCAUUUGUUAUGUUUUUUACAUCUCAAGAGAUGUUAUCUAUAAAAAGGAAUUCUUUGUUUGUCAAAA